AUGCACCCAGGCACAGUUGGCCUGAGGUGCUGGAGGCUGUUUCAGAAACGCCAUAGUGAAGCACUGAAGGUCUUGGGGAGGCCUGCAGUCGGAUGCCAAGGGGGAGCCCUGAUAGGUGACCCGUCAGCUUCACAUGCAUUGGCGCCAUCCCAGAAUAACAGUUCUCCAUCCACAGUGGUCCAUGAUCGUGGAUUCAGCAGCAUCCAGGUGGUGAGUGCAGAAAGGGCUGGUGAGGGUGCAGGCGCCCAAUUGGCCAGACGCCGGCGGCUAAGUAAGGCGGCCUCGGGCCAAUCAGCGGCCGUUACGGGGGAGGAGAGUCACGUGUUGAUCAAGCCACCCAAAACUAUGCGCUCUGCCAUGAGGGCUCCUUCGAUUGGAAUGGACCCGGAGCAAGAGCGGAAUCCGCCGCCGUCUCCAACACCGGUAGAGUUUCCACAGUACCGUGGGGUCCAAGAUAAUGAAAUACAGAGCGUCACAGACUUCAACGCCAUUUACCAGAAGCUUCUCGCAAUCAAAAAGCCACAGGACAUCACGGUGGAACAUGUCAAGUCCCUGAAUAUGAAACUGGAGACCGAUAUAGAGGGCACCCAAAUACUCUCUGACGAGCACUUCCAGGGUCUGCCUCCAUUUGUUUGGGAGAACCUGACAGAAGAGCUUGUCGAACUGGAAAUCAUGGGGGGUGGAUUUCCGUACCCGCCGUUUUCCAAAUAUGACGUGGUCAGAAAAGAGCUCUUGUUCGACAAUGACGACGCGUACAGAGAGGUUACAAGAAUGCAGCCGAGGCCAGGCCGUAACAGGUACUGGGAUACCAGCCUUGACGAAUACUAUGACAAGCCUGUCACGGCAUCCGAAGAAAAGACUCUACGUCAACAACAGCAACAACAAGGUGGCAUUCCGAUGGAUACCGGGGAUGAGGAAGUCAAGACCUACAAACGAGCUUACAAAGGUCGGCGUGUGGGGACAGGAAGUGAAAUGCCAGUCGAUAUCCGUGACGACACGAUGAGGGGUCUUCUUGAGAUGGUGGCAUGGCCGUUCCAAUGCCAGGCAUCAGUUCCGGCACAGCAACCAAGGCUAAAUGUUCAAAAAUUGCUGUUUCCGGUACGCCACACAUUGGUAGCUGGUAGAGUGCCUCAGGAUCGGCAGGCAGCGCGAAGUGGAAUACUGGAAGGGCCGAUGCUAGGAGUGCAGUGUCGAGAAGAGACAGCAUUCAGAGACCCUGAGGAAACGCCGGGAUACGGACAGAAAGAGAUGUGCGACAUAUUCCGUGAGGUUGGGGCAAUGCUACUCUUAGCUCAGGAGCGGUCUCGAGAAGGUACCGUUGAAGUGAAGCCCGGUGAGGGCAAAUGGUGGACAACAGUGCCUCGAUGGGGCGGUGCUCCAGAUGAUGGAGUGACGGGCGAUGCAGCGGACGAGGGGUCGGCAUCGACAACGAUAAACUUAGAGAAGCAAAGCCGUGAUAAGCCACAGGACGGUGACGAUAGCAACAGCAACAUGUACAAACGCUCCCGCUACAGCUAUCCGCUCCGUUCAGCGCGGCGCUCAGGGCGAUCACGAAAAUUGACAGUCAGUGAAAGAUGGAAGAUUAUCGAGCCAGGGCCGAGUUUGUGGGACAAAAGGACGAAGUACAUGCAAAUUGGAAAGCCCAGGGGUAGUUUAUAUGAUGAUAUUUUCUUGCUUUCGCAACUAAAUCACCAUGUCUCAAUUCUGCAUCUCAGGGUGCACAGGCGAUAUAUCGACAGUCUGACCAACGGCAGCAGCAGCAGCAGUAACGAGAACGAAGACGACCCUGAGCAGCCUUGGAAUGUCCUCAAAUUACGCCGAAGCAAAUGUAACUAUUCACGAGCACGAAUAUAA